UCGGCCCGGAGCAAAGCAAGGAGAGACAGCAGGACGAGGCAGGUUGAGCUGAACAAGCCUCCGAUGCCCCUCAACGCCUCGGCCUGGCCGGCCCUCGGGGCCCCCGGCGACGCCCUCGGCGACGCCCUGGGGGGCCCCUGGGAGCUGCUGGAGGACUGCCGGUCCAACAGCACGGAGGCCUGGCUGUGGCUGUCCGCCCUGCAGCCCUCCUACCUGGCCCUGGUGAGCGCGCUGGGCGUGGUGGGCAACAGCCUGGUGCUCUGCGUCUUCCUCCUCCAGAGGAAGCCCUGCACCGUGGCCGACAUCUACCUGGGCAACCUGGCGCUGGCCGACCUGGUGAUGACGUCCUGCCUGCCCUUCUGGGCCGUGAACGUCGCCCGCCACUACCAGUGGCCCUUCGGCCAGGCGCUGUGCAAGGCGGUGAACGUGGCCAUCGCCAUGAACUACCUGUGCUCCGUGCUGUUCCUGGUGCUGGUGAGCGUGGACCGCUACCUGGCCCUGGUGCGGCCCCUGAGGCCCAGCAGGCUGCGCAGGGCCGGCUGGGCCAAGAGGCUCUGCCUGGGGGUGUGGCUGCAGGGCCUGCUGCUGAGCCUGCCCGUCCUGCUGUUCCGCAGCGUGCGCUUCGUGGCGGACGCGGGGGUGGAGGCCUGCAUCCUGGACUACCCCCACCCGGCCUGGGUGGUGCAGUACAACGUCACCCUCAACGUGCUGGGCUUCGUGCUGCCCGUGAUCGUCGUGAGCUACUGCAGCUGGCACAUCGUGGGGGCGCUCCGGGAGAGCCGGGCGCGCCGGCUCCCCGGGGCGCGGGCCGAGACCCGGUCCACCCAGCUGGUGCUGGCCGUCCUGGCCGUGUUCCUGGCGUGCUGGACGCCCCACCAGGUGGGGCGCUUCCUGGACACGCUGGACUACUUCGGGCUCACCCCGGGGUGCCUCUGGGGGAAGGUGCUGGACAUCGGGCUAGAGCUGUCCACCUACCUGGCGUACAGCAACAGCGCCAUCAACCCCUUCCUGUUCGUGAUCCUGGGCCGGAGCUUCAGGCGCAGGGCGCUGGAGGUGUUCCGCGCGGCGUGGGCACGCCGGUCCACGUCCCGGGACGGGCACUCUGUGGUCAGCUGGGCGGCCGUGAAGAGAGCCAACGACGGGCGACAGGUUCAUCACAACCACGAACCCAAAGGCACACCCAGCUGUUUGACCCCCUGUCCAACUACCGGAGCAACGCUGCAGAGCUGUACCGAUAAAGGGAUGGGAUGGAUACCGGGAGGAUUCAGAACCGACUCAUCAGCCUGACCGGUGUUGGGGCCAGAGACUAAAGACACCAACCACACUGUUACGCAUCUGAGUCGUUGUGUAAUCAGUAGUGAACAACAAUGUUACAGACGACUGGUUGUGUAUUCAGAAGUGAACCACAAUCUUACAGACUACUGGUUGUUUAUUCAGAAGUGAACCAGAAGGGCUAACUGCAUAUGCUAUUGUUUGCAUGACUAAGAGAUAGUUAGGGUUAAUGUUAUUAACGUGGCCAUCUGUCGACUCCACUUAGCCAUGUCCGUGAUGAGUCUGGUUUGUAUUAUGUAGAGUGAGCAGGACUCGUCUUGUAUCUGAUAAUGAAUCCCAAAGGGAUGUGGGGACGAGGUUAGCAUGAGGGCUAAUGACCACACCUGGCCAAUAAAUGAGUGUUGAACUGUGAUUUAUCUUGAAAGGUACUAAUUUCGAACCAAACCUAAUUUCCAGUUUUUCCUCAGUCGCUUUGGUACAUUUCUCAGUUCUACAAGCCUUCCAAUUUUUAUAACUUUUGGAGCCAAAAGGUCAGGAAAUUAAUAAUAAUACUAACGAUUACAAUAGGGUCUCGGCGUCAUUCGUAGGACCCCUAAUAAUAAUAAUACUAAUAAAAACAAUAGGGUUGCUAUGGAUUCGUAGGACCUCUAAUGAUGCUGCUCUGAUUCAACUCAAAAAUCUGUUUAAAAAGUGCAGUCCGAAUGUCCGCCAGCAACCGUUCUGACGGACGGACUUCAACAGCCGGUAUUUUGACUCACUAAUAUGGCCCGUUCAGACUACACGAUUUCAGCCCGAUUUUGUCCCGAUUCUUUUUUCGCAGACAAAUUUUCAAAUCGUACACGAUUUUGACAAAAUAUCUUGCAAACGUGAAUGACACAAAGUAGAGAGCAUCGCACCCUCAAAUCUUUUAGUGUGGCCAGUCUUACGACGAGACAAGGCCCGAUUUCCUGGCUCUGUGAUCGUAUAGUGUGACAUGUUAAAUCGUGGAGGAAUGUCUGAGAAUCGUGUAGUCUGAACGGGCCAUAAGCAAAAUAUAUACGAGGUAUUUUAUAGCGAUUUGAAUACAUCAUAUAUAGAUAUAUAUAUAUAUUUUUUUUAAUUGAUGUCUAGGAUUUGAACUAGUAUUAUCACAUACAGUCUUUUAUGCUGUGUCUCUCAUUUCACAUAUGCACUUUAUGCUCUGCCUCUCAAUCCACGGAUCAUCCUGAAGACAUGUGGGCAGAGAGCCGCAGCAUGAAGGAGUCUGAACAGAGAACCAGCGGGCGGUCAGCGUUCAACGCCUUCAUAUCAGGCCCAGACCGUCCAUUAGCAGCUGAGAGCUGCAUGCCUUUCAUUAGAGCUUCACCAUCAGACCUUUCUACGCAAACACAUCCCUGAUGCUGCUCAUAGCUGGUUUAUGAACUCGAACGUGUCAAUACUUUCUUCAUUGCUGAUUUCACUUGCAUACAUGAACUAAAACUCAAUGGUUGUAUAAGAAGGUUACAAUGAAACUGGGAAAGGCUUUUCUGGACAGCAUCUCUGCGCAGUCUUUAAUAUGCUGACAUGCCACGCAGACACGACGGAUUACUAUAAAUAUUCCACUCGUCUCUGCUGUUGGUGUACGUAGAGAACUGUUACACAGACAUAAUACUAAACAAAGAGUGGCUAAAUUGACCAUAAAUACUCGAUUCAAGAGCAUACAGCCAGGAAAGGUACUACUAGGCAUAUUUAAAAAAAAUAAGAGAAGCAAAACAUAAUUUAAUGAUAAGGACUUCUUUAGAAAUCAUCAUGCAAUUUGUUUGUUCUUAUCACACAUUUUCUAGAAUAAAUCAAUUUAUUUGAAGUAAGAUAAUAAAAAAUAGAAAUAAUAAUAAUAAUGUCACUGCCAUUUCUUCCGGUCCAAACUCCAGUCCAGUUGGGGGCGAAAAUAAAACUAAUAAACUAGGCUGCAUCCCAAUUAAAAGAGAAGAAGAAUUUCAGUUUGCUAGCGCUAACGGCGACUGAUUUACAAUCACACCAAUUAAGACCAGAGAUUCAGAACAAGAAGAAGGUGAGCGCUCGGAGGUUCGGUCAUGAUCACAACACAAUAAUGACCUUAUGUUGGGGUUAAGUUGUCGACUUUAUUGUUAUAUUUUCUGUAUUGUGUUGACGGUUUACCCCGUUGAAAACACAUUUCACAGUGAGAUGAACAUCUUCAGACCACUGGGUUCUUCUUUUCUUUUAUUGUUGUAGAAUGCGUUGGGUGUGUUCAGGGACACCCUUUUAUGGCAUUGUCUCGUGUAUAUUAUGAGAGAAAUGCUGUACCGUCGUGUUGAAAGAUCAAAUCAUAAAGAUAAAACUAGAAAAGAAAAAAUAAAUCUUGUCUUCGUUUAUUGAUCACAUUGGUUUGAAUAAAUCAGAUAU